AAUCAAAAUUUGAGUUUUUUAGGAAAUUAUAUUUGUUGAGUAAUUUUUUUUCUGCUUCGUUUGUUGGAGAAAACAGAGACAAGAAGAGAAUGAGGAAUCAAAAAACGGAAUUUUGAAUUUGCAACGUGAGGAAUCUCCUCCGUCGUUUCGAUCUUCAAGUCUUUUUUUUUUUUUUUUAGCUUCUCUCUUCAGAUUUCUUCACGUGAGCUCUCCCAAAUCUGGUCGUUAUUCGCUUUGUGGAUUCUGAAUCCGGUUCUGAGCAUUUCCAACGAAUCCAGCUGAUUGAUUUGUUCAAUUCUUAUAGGAGUUUUUAUUAUCUCUCGAUCGAUCUGGGUUUUUCUGAGGAAAUUGGAAGAUUUAUUAGCUUCUUCGAUUGAUAUGUUAUAUUAUAGGUUUUGGUUUUAGAUGAUUUUGGUGAGUAGUAGCGAUGCUAGAAGCGAAUUAGGGUUAGGGUUUGGUGGAUUAGGUGAAGAAAUCAUGCAAGAUUGUGACUUUGAGGAAGAAAGCACACAUUCUUAUGUUUCUUGCGUUGACCCAGAUGUUGCUCUCUCUUAUAUCGAUGAGAAACUUGAAAACGUCUUGGGACAUUUUCAGAAAGAUUUUGAAGGUGGAGUUUCAGCUGAAAAUUUGGGUGCAAAGUUUGGUGGCUAUGGUUCCUUUUUGUCUAUGUAUCAGAGAUCUCCUGUUUGUUCACGUUCUAAGACUCCACCAGAUGUUCAACAAAACCAAUUGGGGGGUCGAUCUAAUUGCUCAGCUUCAUCACUUGUACCUGAACUAUCAAUAUCCGGAUCCUCUUCGAAACCUCCUGCCUCUGAUGUUUUGGUCAAAUUAAAAAAGUUCGUCAAAUCAAGUAAUAUAGGGACACCUGAUAGCAAACAAAAACCUGACACAAAAAUUUCUUCUUCUGCUCCAUCAAAUCAUAAGACUCUCAGACUUCGUAUAAAAGUUGGUUCGAGUGACCUCUCUUCACUCAAAAACGUUUCUACCUAUACUAAAGAAGGCCUCAAUAUGCUACCAUCAGCAUCGCGGGUGAAUUGCCUUUCAGAAGUUGAACAAGACUUACUGAAUGGGAUUUGUGAUUCACCGACUAAAAUUCUUAUGGCUAUGGUGUCAUUCCCUUUGCAUAAAGAUCAGCUGUUAUCACCUCUCUCUGAUGAUCUUAUUUUGUUGGGAUCGAAAGAAAAGAUUUUCAAAGAUGCUGGAUAUGGUUCUGCAAACAAGUCGGACUCAAAAAGUACACCCGAUGAUUUGGUUGUUUCUGAUUCACAAAAGCGUGCUGGUAAGUUUUCCAUUGGGAAGAAGGAAAAGUUAAGGGAUAGGGUAAAGUAUAGGCCACCGUCAAACAAGCGUGACAGAAAUCAUACUGUAUCCAAUACUGAAAAAGAGGCUGACAAAGAGUCCUGCGAGGAGCUUGUUUCCAAGACUAUGAAGCUUCCACUUUUAUCCUGUCUAUCACCGUCAUAUAUCCACCCAGCAAAAGAGAUUGAUAAAGUAUCAGAUUCUAAUGUGGAGGUUAUAUCAAGAGGAACGAACAAAGAUGCAGCUUUGAUGGGUUCAAAGCCGGAACUAGAAGAUAAUGUAGUGGCAUUUUCAGAUCGAAGCGUUAAGGAAACUGAAAGUAUUAACGUAAGAAAAGACGUUUACCUGAUAAAAGGUGAACCUCUAAACUCAUUGGAAAGUAAUUCCAAGAGGGAGAAAGCUCCAAGUAUUGAACAUGUAGAUUAUUCUUCUGUGGUUAAGGGUAGUCAGAGUGAGACAAGGAAUGAAGAUCAAAUUUUAAAGUCAAAACUGCCUAAAGCACAGAAGUCACAAAAAAGUUCAAGCUCCAUUGUUUCCAUGAAUAGUCUGAGAGGCAAGGACGCGGCUGUAAAUAUAAUUAAGAAGAAUGUACCAGAUAAAUUGCAGGAAGAUAUUGGAGAAUCCGAACACAUGUAUAAGGGAUUCUUUGGUGAUUCGAAAGAAUCAAAAGAAGAAAAUCAAAGUAGUCCGAUACUUAAAGCUGAGAAAGCAAAGCUAUCAGAAGAAAAUGCAUUGGAGGAGAGUUUCAACAGUGUUAAAAAUGAUGAAGAGGCUUGUGACCAUCUAAAUUUGGUAUGUGAACCUGAUUUGAAACACCUUAUUAAGCCGAGUGACUUGAAUGAAGAUAGGCACACCACUAAGCAGAGUGUUAGACGGGAAGUGAAAAAUAAGCAUUCUCUUGAAGGAGGAAUGGAGAAUAUGGGAAUGGAAUCUGAAAGGGAACUUUCUGGGGUUUCUAAGAAACCAAAGACUGGAAAAUCACGAUUUUCCACUUUAGAUCAACCUGGAUCCAACAAAUCCAACCAAAUUCUGGACGUUUUAGAUACUAACAAAACUAUGAUUACUCAAGCCUCAGCCGAAAAUGUCAAGGAUUUUGCUAAGGCUUCAACGCAUGGCGAACGUGAUGACAGAAAGAGGAAACUGAAGGAAAAUGAAGAAAGUGGAGAUUGUAUGAGACCUAGAGAAGCUGCAGUAAUAGAGUCAAGUGGAGAGAACGUUAGAAAAAGUAAGAGGCUUAAAGGUUCAAGUUGUGAUGAAAAAGAGUUGCCUUUUAGUAGUGAAAGCUGUGAUAAGGAAAGAAGAGUUAGUCAAGAAAAUGGUAGAGAUUGUACUUCCCAUCUACCUUUUAUAGCGUCCUCUCCGAGUUUGUGUAAGGAUUUGGGCUCUGAAAUUAUCAAAAAUAAUGUCCGCGAAGCCAAAGGUUCACUAGUUGAAUCUGUUGCCCCUUCGGCCUUGAGAGUGUUAGACUCGGGUGAGCUUAAAUCAGGAAGAAUUUCAGAGAGGGAUGAAUACCAUGAUGCUGAUUCUAAUGCUGGUGAUACGUUAAAAAGAUGCCGAGAUGGUGAGGCUUAUAGCACUAUCGAUAGACCAGGGACAACAAAGAAGGCUGCAGAAAAUUCCAAGGAUAGAGAAAGAGCAUACGGUGAAGAUUGUUCAAUUGAAAACUUUAAACCAAAGAAGUCAGGGAGAUGUCCUGGUGAAAAUUGCAUAGAGGGUGACUCUAAGCAAAAGAGUAGGGAAGAGGGGUCAUCUGCACCUUCGAAAGAGAAUAACUGGGGUCUGGUGAAUGACGUGCAAGAUCUUGGCACUGCUGUUAAAGUAAAAAGAAAAGAAAGCAGGAGCAAGAAAAGACCUGCUAGAAAGGUGUCUUUGGAGAGUAAUAAAGAAGACUCAAGGGAAUAUCAAGAUCCUAAUACUAAGCUAGAUAGAAGUGGUAGUCAUUUUUCUUCUCGACAGAAACCUGAUACAGCAAACACUUCUCGUGGGAAAAGCAACCCAUUGGAAGUGACCACUGAGAAAUUAAAGAAUAAAUCAGCUUCACCAGCUGGCACAGAUCAGGUUGAAGUCUUGGGUCACGGCACUGGGAUAUCAAAUACAAAGAAACAGAGACUGCGGAAUGAUAAUCACUGUGUGACCCACGAUGAAGGUUCGCGAAACCAAAAGCAAAAUGGAAGUAGGCAUAAGGAUCAUGUUGGCUUAAGCCCUUUGAAAAAGGAAUCCACGAGUCAGACUGCCUCCAACUCAAUCAAAGAGGCUACAGACUUGAAACACAUGGCUGAUCGUCUUAAGAAUGCUGUGUCCAAUCACGAGAGCACAGGUGUUUACUUUCAGGCAGCUCUUAAGUUUCUUCAUGGUGCCUCCCUUUUGGAGUCAUCUGGCAUUGAUAAUGCUACACAUAAGACCAUUGCCAGAUCCAAGGAUAUUUACGGCAGCACAGCAAAACUUUGCGAGUUCUGUGCUCAUGAAUACGAGAAAAAUAAAGAUAUGGGGGCUGCUGCUCUGGCUUAUAAAUGUAUGGAAGUAGCUUAUCUAAGGAUAACUUAUACCUCCCAUGGUAACAUAAGAAGAUGCAGAUAUGAGUUGCAAGCAGCUUUGCAAGUGAUUCCUUCAGGUGAAUCUCCUUCCUUUGCUUCUGAUGGUGAAAAUUCAAACCACACAUUGGCAGCGGAAAAGUUUGCUUUGUCCAACAAUGUGAGAUCAUCCCCUAGCGUAACCGGAAACCAUGUUAUCUCUUCAGGAAACAAUUCCUCUCUUUCACAGCUUUUGGCAUUUUCGCAAAACGUAAGCUCUGCUAUGGAUGCGUCAAGAAAAGCGCAGAUUGCAUUAGCAGCUGCAAAGGGAAAAUCGUAUGAAACCAGAUACAGUAGUGAUGGUAUAACAUGCAUCAAAAGGGCUCUUGACUUGAAUUUUCAGGACAUGGAGAAACUGUUGCAUGUGGUGAGGCUUGCAAUGGAAUCCAUAAACCGGUGAUUAUGAAUUAUAUAUGAUCAAAAACGCAAUACUCCCCACCUGUCAUAUACUACGGGAGAAGAAAGGAAAGCGACCUUGAAAAAUUGAAGACAAAGAAGGCCGCCUAUAUAUAUAAACUUGUUUGUUCUCUUCACAGCUCAAGUGUAUAGUGUUAGGACCUUGAUUUGUGAGACUUGCUCAAGAUUAAAGUUACCAUCUUGUGAUGUGUGUUUAUAAUUAAUUGUACAUAUAUAGAGAGAGAGAGCUUUAGGAAGAGGUUGAACAAUAGUUCUGAAAAACGAAGGUAAAAGACAACUUGUCUUUUUCAAUCA